UGCAGAAUACUCAGUACAUGGGAAAAUACUCCCGAGAUCACCCAACCAUUAUCAUGUUCUGGAAGAUUUUCCAUAAACUGACACUACCACAAAAGAAGAGUUUUCUCUAUUUCCUGACUGGAAAUGAUAAAAUUCCCGUGUUUGGUUUUGAAAACACACUUAUGAAGGUCACCUCAUUUGGUGUUCCAAAGGAAGACUAUCUCCCAGAAUCUCAGACAUGCUCCCAGCUACUACUGCUCCCCGAAUACUCCAAAUCUGCAAAGCUGCGCAAGAAGCUGCUCCUGGCUAUAGACAACAACAAAGGACUUGACAGAAUAUAG